UGGAUACGUGUUGGUGUAGCUUAUGAUAUUUACGAGAAAAACUAUUACUUAGUACAACAUUUAGUUAUAGUUACAUAAAAUAGAGAAUUUAAACUAUUUAUGUUAAGUGAAGUAUAUAAUAGGAGACACUUUGCUCAUGUUAUAAUAAAAUUCACGAACUGACGGCAACGUAGAAAUUUCACCAUGGAGGACGCUCACUCGAAAUCCGUGGAUGAAGUCUUAGGAUAUUUUGGCACAGACCCAGACAAAGGCCUUAGUGCAGACCAAGUCAAAAGAAAUCAAGACAAAUAUGGGCCAAAUGAACUGCCUACGGAGGAAGGCAAAAGUAUAUGGCAGUUAGUUCUGGAACAAUUUGAUGACCUUUUAGUGAAGAUUUUGCUGUUAGCUGCUAUUAUUUCUUUCGUAUUAGCUUUAUUUGAAGAACACGAAGAUGCAUUCUCAGCAUUCGUAGAACCUUUUGUUAUUUUACUAAUUCUAAUUGCUAACGCUGUAGUGGGAGUAUGGCAGGAAAGAAACGCAGAAUCCGCCAUAGAAGCUUUAAAAGAAUACGAGCCCGAAAUGGGUAAAGUAGUAAGAGGAGACAAAGCCGGCGUACAAAAAGUCCGAGCAAGAGAAAUCGUGCCCGGUGACAUCGUCGAGGUGUCCGUCGGAGACAAGAUUCCCGCCGAUAUCCGCCUUAUUAAGAUUUACUCUACCACCAUCCGUAUUGACCAGUCUAUCCUGACUGGUGAAUCUGUGUCUGUGAUUAAACACACUGACGCCAUUCCCGACCCCCGCGCUGUGAACCAGGACAAAAAGAACAUUCUCUUCUCCGGUACCAAUGUCGCUGCUGGUAAAGCCCGCGGUAUCGUCAUCGGCACUGGUCUCAAUACUGCCAUUGGUAAAAUUCGUACUGAAAUGUCUGAGACUGAGGAAAUUAAGACACCCUUGCAACAGAAACUCGACGAAUUCGGUGAGCAACUAUCAAAGGUCAUCUCUGUCAUUUGCGUUGCCGUAUGGGCUAUCAAUAUUGGACACUUCAACGACCCGGCCCACGGUGGAAGCUGGAUCAAAGGUGCCGUCUACUACUUCAAGAUCGCUGUGGCCCUGGCUGUCGCUGCCAUUCCUGAAGGUCUGCCCGCUGUCAUUACCACUUGUCUUGCUCUCGGUACUAGAAGGAUGGCUAAGAAAAAUGCUAUUGUCAGGUCUCUGCCUUCAGUCGAAACCCUGGGUUGUACUUCGGUCAUUUGCUCAGACAAGACUGGCACCCUGACUACCAAUCAAAUGUCUGUGUCCCGUAUGUUCAUCUUUGAAAAGGUCGAAGGUGGUGACAGCAAUUUCCUCGAAUUUGAAAUCACCGGCUCCACCUAUGAACCCAUUGGCGAUGUAUACCUGAAAGGACAAAAGGUUAAGGCUGCGGAAUUCGACACACUCCAUGAAUUAGGCACCAUUUGCGUCAUGUGCAAUGACUCCGCUAUUGACUUCAAUGAGUUCAAACAGGCAUUCGAGAAAGUCGGUGAAGCAACAGAAACCGCUCUUAUCGUUCUCGCCGAAAAGAUGAACCCAUUCAACGUCCCAAAAACCGGCCUCGACCGCCGAUCCACUGCUAUCGUUGUCCGUCAAGAGAUCGAGACUAAAUGGAAGAAAGAAUUCACUCUUGAAUUCUCCCGUGACAGGAAAUCUAUGUCCACUUACUGCGUACCACUCAAGCCUUCCCGCCUCGGCACUGGACCUAAACUUUUCGUUAAAGGUGCCCCAGAAGGUGUAUUGGACCGUUGUAGCCACGCCCGUGUGGGAACUGCUAAAGUUCCUCUUAACUCUACCCUUAAGAACCGCAUCCUCGAUCUCACCCGCCAAUAUGGUACUGGACGUGAUACCCUACGUUGCUUAGCCCUAGCCACAGCCGAUAACCCCAUGAAGCCCGAUGAAAUGGACCUUGGUGAUUCUACCAAAUUCUACACAUAUGAAGUCAACCUUACCUUUGUUGGUGUUGUGGGCAUGUUGGACCCUCCUCGCAAGGAAGUGUUCGACUCGAUCGUACGUUGCCGCGCAGCUGGUAUCCGUGUAAUCGUCAUCACCGGUGACAACAAAGCCACUGCUGAAGCUAUCUGCAGGCGUAUCGGCGUGUUCGGAGAGGAUGAAGACACAACUGGCAAAUCUUACUCUGGUCGCGAGUUUGACGAUCUCCCAAUUAGCGAACAACGCGCUGCCUGUGCAAAGGCCCGUCUAUUCUCCCGCGUAGAGCCUGCCCACAAGUCCAAGAUCGUUGAGUACUUGCAGAGCAUGAAUGAAAUCUCCGCUAUGACUGGUGAUGGUGUAAACGACGCGCCCGCCCUCAAGAAGGCUGAAAUCGGUAUUGCCAUGGGUUCCGGAACUGCUGUCGCCAAGUCUGCCGCCGAGAUGGUGCUGGCUGACGACAACUUCUCCUCAAUUGUCGCCGCCGUUGAAGAAGGUCGUGCUAUCUACAACAACAUGAAGCAGUUCAUCCGUUACCUGAUCUCCUCGAACAUCGGUGAAGUCGUAUCCAUCUUCUUGACUGCCGCUCUCGGUCUUCCCGAAGCCCUGAUUCCCGUACAACUUCUGUGGGUCAACUUGGUCACAGACGGUCUGCCCGCUACUGCUCUCGGUUUCAACCCACCUGACUUGGACAUCAUGGACAAACCACCCCGCAAAGCUGACGAAGGUCUAAUUUCUGGAUGGCUGUUCUUCAGGUACAUGGCUAUCGGUGGUUACGUCGGUAUGGCCACAGUAGGCGCCGCCUCAUGGUGGUUCAUGUACUCGCCGUUCGGACCCCAGAUGACAUACUGGCAACUGACUCAUCACUUGCAAUGCAUCAAUGGUGGUGACGACUUCAAGGGUAUCGACUGCAAGAUCUUCACUGACCCUCACCCAAUGACGAUGGCUCUCUCCGUGCUGGUCACAAUUGAGAUGUUGAACGCUAUGAACAGCUUGUCAGAGAACCAGUCGCUGGUGUCGAUGCCGCCAUGGUCCAACAUGUGGCUCGUCGGCUCAAUGGCGCUCUCUUUCACGCUCCACUUCGUUAUUCUAUACGUAGAGGUCCUUUCGGCCGUGUUCCAAGUGACGCCGCUGUCGAUAGACGAGUGGGUGACAGUGAUGAAGUUCUCGCUGCCCGUGGUGCUCCUGGACGAGGUGCUGAAGUUCGUCGCGCGCAAGAUCUCCGACGGUGAGAGGCCAACCCUGCUUGACUGGCUCGACGGCAUGCAAUGGAUUGUGCUCAUGUGGGCGGUCUUCUUUGGCAUCAUCAUCUACGGACCCAUAUAAGCCGGUCCCGUCCCGAUCGUGCCACCGCCCCGUUUGAUUCACCACCUAAUACCCACCCCAUCUGCCCCGCGCUAUCCGCUCCGACGCGCGUUGUCCUCGCAGCGGAUAGCGUCGGGUCACUGUGGAAACGGAUGGACGUUGAGCUCGCGCUCACCACAGUACCCCUUAACAGUUUUUGAAUGCUAAUCCCGCAGCACAGUGUGAAGUGAGUUGUCGUGCACGGUGCUAGGGAUCGAGAACGCUAGUGACAAUGGAAGUGAUUCGAGAACAUCGCGUCGAACUGUGGCGGACGAGUCCUGCCCCAUUUUCCAAAAUGACUGUCUAUAAUCCUGAGCGCUUUGGAAAACUAAGGAUACUUUUACAGAAGCUUCGUUUAGUCACGACGUUACAACGUGACGUAUCGAAUUUCGUGAUUUCACCCGAUAGACACGUGACUUAACGAAUUUCUCUGCGGUUCCUUAGUUUUUUUAAGGUUUCAAGUUAAAUAGUCAACUUAGCUAAUGGGGCUGUGCCCUUAGUAUAGGAUUUGGACAUGCAAUCGUAGAUGUCUUUUCGAUUGUCGAAACACUAAUUUCCUUACUUCGCUCCAUUUCGUCAACUACCGCUCGUUGUUUCAAGCAGAAUCCACAAUUAAAAAACUACUCUAAAACAAGUUUCAUUCGUUCCAUUUUACUUCGACGUUAUGGUGUUUCAAUAAAUGAAAAAGUCUACGAUUACGGGCGUUCAAAUCAUAUGCCAAAGGUACUGUAGUGUUACGUUAGGUGUAAUGUUAGUACGAGAGGUGCGCUCGCCCCCUCGUGUCAAAUGCAUUUUGCAUGUGCGAGACAAUAACUUCAUUUAUUAAAGACCCCUCGGAGUCUCGAUUGUACUUUCCGUUGUUUGUAUCACAUAAUAAUACAUUUACGCUAUUAUUUAUUUAUAGUGGCUGUGAGACAUCAUCGAUUAAAAAUUUUCUGAUACCAAAUUUUUUAAAUGUUCUUUAAAAUUUACCAAGUAUAAAUUUAGUGAGUUAAUGUGAUUUAGUAUUUUUUUAAAUUUUGGAUUUGAUAUAAAUUUUUUGUAUAUAACAUUGAAAGAGCUCCGUCGAAUGUGGUAACAGUUAAACUCGCACACAGCUCAGUACCUUGUCCACGUGGACUGCAGACAUAUGGAAACAUAUAUAUUAUCUUGUAAUUUCAUUGUUAGCUUAGAAAUAAUUUAUUGUAAGUGUAUCGUUAGGGACCGUCGUGUUUUCGACGGCUGUUCUUUAUUUAAUUCUAGCUCUACUAUUUUUUAUCCAUAUUUUCCUACUAAUGUCAUAAAUGCAAAUCCUAUACUUGUAUAAUCUCCUCUUCGUAACCUUUGGCAGAAUUGUAACCAAUAGACAAAUAUUUCUUAAUUCAAAUAGGCACAUAGAUGGCACUUUUGAUGCGUACAUUAAAUGUAAUAAUAUUAAAAUCCUUAAUAGCGAAUCUUGCGAUAGCUUAUAGUUUUAGCAUAGAGAUAAAACAGAAUUGCGCCUUUAUUGUAACAGUGUUUAUGCGGUAUUAAAGUAGCCAAAACUUAGACAAAGUAGUUUACAAUCUCCACUCAAAAAAGUAGUAUUUUUGAAAAGUUAUACUAAAAAAGAUUUAGGUUAGAACUUAAUCUUCUUAAUAAUUAUUUAAAUGCCCUGCCGCACUUAACUUUAAUUCAGUAAUGAUACCUAUACUUAGUUUGGAGGAUUAGAGACUUAGUUUUGUAUUAUCAGGUACUACUCGGUCGUUUGCAAAAAUUCCAUGAUUCGCCAAGUGUCCUUUAUAUACAGGAGAAAUUGACAAAACAACUUCGCAUUUAUAAUAUUAGUUGGGAUUAGGAUAAUUUUUUACUUCUCUUUCUCUCACCUUGGCCACUCGGUAACCGCCGCUCUGACGAGUUCGAUUCUACUUAAGAUUAGUUCGGACGGUUUGCAGCUAGCUUUGUGCUACUGCUUCGAAUGUUGGCCGCUAACAUUAUUAACAAAUUUAUGAAUGUGUCUUCUUGCGCUAACAGCAUUGUAUUUAGAUGAAUUCCAUAUUUAGAUUGACAAAGUUAAACCAAAUGGACCCAAUCAGCAAAAACAUUAUAAUAGAGAUAUUGUAAAGGUGUUUGUAUACUCAUUGGUCGAUAUUCUUCGUUUAGAAAAUAAAAAACAGAAAUAUGACGUUUAUCGACACAUUAAAACACCUUUACAAUUAAUUCUGUCCAGUUGUUUGUUUGCAAUACCACCACCCCUGUCCUCUGACCAUACCUCACACUGUAGAAAAAAAUAUCAUCUGCAUUAUUUGGAUGCCUGGUAUUUAUUCUUCUACAACCCACAGUAAAAGAUCAUUUUUAAAUGUAGAACAAUCUCCCACCUACUUAUUCGCUCAGAGCUACGAUUUGUAGUCGUAUACUUACUUAAAAUCUGGUGCUGUAGAUGCAAAUAAUAAUAAGAAGAGUCUAGUAGUAACACAAUAGUAACAUAAUAUCAAAAGAAAGAAAUGUCUCAAAAGUAGUUUGAAAGCGGUUGUAUCCUUUUUGUUUAACUACGUCCAGUUUAUAAAGUGGAUAUUCCUCAUUUCCAACUCAUUGCGUUAAAAUGUCCAGUGUCUACGGAAAAGUAAAUUAAUUAAUGUCACGGGCACAUAUGACACACGCUAACUCGACUUACCAGACGCCACGCGUGUUGCCUCAAAUCAAUAAAUAGUCUUUUGUAUGCUCAUAAACACUAUCCAUAUCAGACAAUACCUCAUGUCGGAUGUUGCUAAUGUUUUUGCAUUUGUCUCAACAUGCGUCGCGUCGUGUGUCGUGGAGAAAGCGUGUAUUUCAUAUCAAUUUAGUGCCGCAUUUUAAUAUGGGAAUAAUUUGUAAAACAAUAUAGUCAAACUAUGUACUAAUUGAUAGUUUAUUAUAAUAUCGGUUCGGUUUCGGUAAUUCGGUUAUAAUUUUUUAGUUUUUAAUAUGAAAUAUUUCAUAGCAAACUCUAUAGAUUUGGUUAUCUUUAUCAGCUGAAGGGAUAUAAUAUUAUUUAAUAAUAAGUUAUAAGACAUAAAAUUGGCUAGACUCAGAAAGUUUAUUGUUUAAAUCUGGACACAUAUUUGUAACCAUUAAAAACUGUAAAUACCCUUGCAUGAGAGUGUAUAGCAUGAUUUCUUUUCUAUUUUAAUUGUGUGAUUUUCAAAAUUUCAAAUGUACUAAUAAUACUUUUCAAUGUAUAAGGAAAUAUUAUUUAAACUUAAAUGUACGAGGCAACUUGUUACGAACUACAUUAUAUUCAACACAACACAGGCAUUUUUCUACACUGAGGGCAUGCUCAAAAAUUUGUUGUGAAUCCCUUACCAUCUCCCUAUUUAUAUAGUAACUAUGUACUAAAAUGUUACAAGUAACUAAAAUAUACACGUUUUACAUUAAAUAAAA